GCUCGGUACAGGGGUACAAAUAAGUAAUAUUCGACAAAAUUAAAAGACAAGUAUCAAGAAUGAAGCUUCAUUCGCAUCACGCGUCUUUUCAUUUGGUCAAGUAGUGCUUAUUUGGCAGUAAUUAUUUCGGACGGAUGUCGGACGGAGAUCGAGAGUAGACCCCCAGUUCCCACCGAGUCGAAUACUUCGUUCGUACAACGCGUCGGCCAAUCGUUCUCAAUCGGUCGGUUUGGUGACCUUCGGAGCAAGCUCGAGUCGCGGUCGGCCGGCCGAUCGUGCCCAAUUCGGUGAAUCGUCCGUUCAAGUUCUACUCGCGACUCGUGGUUGCUUAGUCAGACACCGAGUCGAGUUAACUCGAGUCAGAAGUCAAGUCAACUCGAUUAACUCAUGUUGAAAAAAAUACAAGUCGUCCCAUCGCAUCGCUGCUGCGCGCAUUUAUUCAAUUUACUGUAGACAUGCAGUCCAUCUAUUAAUGUAGCAGCCAAGCACAGAACGGUGAAAGAGGGAAGCAUCAUUUUAUUGUAUUUAUUGCAGUUGCCACUGAGAGUGGUGUACCAAUAUUUUCACGAAAACGGGGCACCAAUGAAGGAGUACAAUUUUCUACAAUUGCUUCUCUACACGGCAUCAACAUGUUUAGUAAAUGCCACAACUUAUCUAUGAUCAGCACUCAAGUUGACAAUGGUACUAUACUUUGGAAGGAAUAUUGCAAAAGUGUAACACUAAUUGGUAUAGCAACGGGUGGUCUUGAAUGUGACCUAGAACUUCUCCUAUCAUGUGUCCAUGAUGUAAUGAUAUUCUGCAUUGGAAAAAAGGAACUGGACACUUUAAAAAAUAUAGAUCAGAUUAAGAGAGAUUUAAGACAGUGUUAUCCUAUACUGGAUUAUUUAUUAGAGUCAUUAGAUCCUAAUGCUGUGUCCAGUCCAUUGCCUACCCUUGUACUGGAUUUGAUUCAAAGUGUAUUGUGUCCUCAAGCACAACAGUUGCAGCAAGCACUAGACAACUAUGCAGAAAAAGUGACAGGCCGUUGGGCGUGUCUCAGUAUCCAUGGACAUCUAGUGGCAACUAGCUCGGAUUUCUAUGAGUUAGAUACAAGAGAGGCUCGGCUAAUGCUGCUGUUAGCUGCAGCACAGGAUGGUGCUCCAUUGAGGGACACUCCUGUUUAUUUACCACAAAUGAGCCCUAAUGUGGCCUUUCGAGCAGUGACCUGCAAAUUACUAUCAGAUGUCUACAUAUUAGUAGUCUGUGGUGCUACACCAUCAUUGUCUGAGAUAGACGAAAUAGUUUUACAAUGCUGGGAAGGCUUCACUCAACUUAUAAAGGAAGCUAAACUGGCUUAUCCUCGAAACUUUCCUGUGAGCAUCAGCUUUGAGAGUUGUGUUUUAGGCGUACUUAUAGUAAAUAUAAAUAGGCGAAGGUGCGUAUUCUCCCGUCACUUACAUCCGACUCAAAAAGGCCGUGGUAUGGCUGGUACACACCGUCUGGACAUAUUAAGAACUUUUUAUGUCACCUCCGCGAGAGGCUUAGCCCCAGAAUUGAAGACUUUGGAAGGAGAAAACAAAGAUAUAGAAGAGCUGUUGGGCUGCAUGAGUGAAACGUAUUGGUGUUCUGAAUAUCAUAAAUGUCACGCACAAAGAUCUGAGAAUCUACUCUGCUGCGUGCUCUAUGCGUCAACUGUACCUACACAUACUAUGAGGUUAAUAACUUCACAAAUCUUACAAGACUUAACAACAAACAAAGACGUCUAUUGGUGACCAAUGGUGACCACCAUUUGGUCACUAAUACGAGACUGAUAUUUUCUUAUAUUAUGUCUGUCCUCAAGACUGAGAU